AUGUUGAGAUCUACCUUAAUAGCCGUAAGAAGUGCUGUUCUACAGCCUGAGCAUUCCAAACUGCUAAACUACGUUCAGCUGUCGCGUUUAUUGGGGACAAAGUUGAAAUAUUGCACAGCCCAGUCGAGUCCUAACAUGAAAGCAGCUGCGUCGAAAGAAAGCGUUGAUUCAGAUCAGAAAUCUUCGCAGCCCGAAAUGAAAGCAGCAGAACCUGCCCAAGAAGUUAAAGAAACCGAAAACGAUCGUCUUUUAAAAGAAAAAGAAAGUUUGCUAAAAGAUCUUCAGGUAGGCGAAGGGCUCUGUCAUAAUUGAGGAUGACUUUAAUAGGAGGAGGACACUGUAGUAGCACUCGAAAGGAGAUUACGAAGAUUGGAAUUCAAAAGAUCAAUUUAUUUGUUAUCUUUAUUGUAAGACAUAUUCGAUGCCGGGAAAUUUUGUACAGAAGAUGUUGAGGAACGGUAAAAUUCACAGAGGUGAUGCCUUUGUGAUAGUGCUCUAGAUCUCGAGUUAUUUGGUAAGUAAGUUACGUCAGCGCAGACAGUUAGGAAAAGGUCUUACAUUGCAACGUCUUUCAUGUCAGCAAUAUUUAUAGAUUGAUUCAAAAGAGAAGGAUAAAUUAUUGGCACCAAUUAUUGUAUAACGUAUGUUCGUAUUCAGUUGCAUAAUGUUCGUAGAGAUAGCAUUUAAAUUAGUCAAAGGAAGAGUUUUUGCGAGGUUGGUUAGUUACGAUUGGUUGUUUACAGGGUUUCAUUUCUAGGCAUGAGCGCUGUGAAUGAGUCCCUUGUGAGUGACUCUAUCAUAUGAUGUAAUCUGUCAAUCCAUUGCCUAAUCAGGCAAUGAAUCAAGCAAGGCUGGUUUUCAAUAAGAUGAUGUCAGAGUUAUAUGAUCGAGUGAAAUGAAACCAAAGGAAGAAAAAUAUUAACACCACUUACCACUACAUGAAAACUGGACUGUUUAAGUCAUGAGAUGGCCUGAGAUUGGUGAAACUGGCCUAGUGAUUGGUUGGUUUUUCUGCUUGUGACUUUAACAAGGUAGUUUUCACUGGAUCCUAAGUUUGGAAGUCAUGAGCAGAAUAGGAAGGAGAUGAAACUGUUCUGGUUCUUCUGACUCAGUUUAGACGAUCAGAUUUUAAUUUUACUGGGUCAGAAACGCUACUAUUAUGAACUAAGAUUUUCAAACACUUUGUAUCCUACAUAUGGAACGAAAAAAAAAAUUAACUGACAACUUUUCUAUCUCAGGACAGGUACAAACGCUCCCUAGCAGAUAAUGAGAACAUACUGUCCCGCAGCAGGAAGCAAGUAGAUGAAGCCAGGCUGUUUGGUAUUCAGGCCUUCUCCAAAGACCUGCUUGAAGUUGCUGACAUAUUAGGAAAAGCAACAGAAACAGUUCCCAAGGAGGAGAUAGAUAAGAAUACUCACCUGAAGAACUUGUAUGAUGGGCUUCUAAUGACUGAAGCCCAGUUACAGAAGGUUUUCAAAAAGAAUGGUUUGGAGAAAGUGUAUCCACUAGAUGAAAAAUUUGAUCCACAUAGUCAUGAAGCAUUGUUUCAGAUUCCUUUACCAGAUAAAGAGAAAGGCACUGUUGCUGUUGUGGAAAAAGUUGGAUAUAAACUGCAUGGAAGGACACUUAGACCAGCUCUUGUGGGUGUUGUAAAAGAAUAGAACAUUGGCUUUUAUUGAUUCAAAAUUAUAGCUGUCUGGAUUUUAACUAUGGUUAGUGGUGGUGGUGAGGAAGAUUAAAAGAAUUCUGGCAGCUUCACCCUCAUCAGAUUGAGUCACACUCAAAUUUAUAAUAUCGUUAUCAUAUGCAUUUAGGUGUGAAUAAGUAUUUCUCUAACAUCAUGCAUCUACCUGCAGUGUCCCCUUUAGCUAUUCAAAUUACCAGGGCAAAAUGUACAUGUGCUUCAUCCAGGUUCAUGCAUUAAAAAUAUGUACAUGGAACCUGCCUUUCUUUCAUUUCCCUCUUACCUUCCAAAUAUUAAGUUGACUUAUAUUGAGCUCUUUAAAAAUCAGAUCUCCCUUUUCUCGCUCCUCAUUUAUCUUAUUGUCUUCAUCUGCUCAAUAUGGUGAAAGCUAGAAUCUAAAUAAUGAUGGGAGAAAUUGUUACAACAUAACAACAACCCUUUAACAGAGCAGAUCUCUCUUUUCUUGUUCGUUAUUUAUCUAAUUGCCUUCAUUUGCUCAAUGUUUGUUGAAAUCUAGAACUUAAACAAUGCAGAGAGAAAUUGUAACAAGACAACAACUGCUCUUGAACAUUACCAAAGUGAUACCUUUUAUAGCUCAUAUCACCUUGUCGUGUUCACUCUACUGGUGUUCAAUUUUUUCAUAGUUCUUUAACCGUAAACCAAUAUAUUGAUAUCUGUUGUAAAUGUGUAUCACAUUCUGAUAGUUAAUUUGUGCUAAAUGGAAUUUUUUUAAGCCAUAUGAAGUUUUCCUUUGUACUUUGAAACUGAAAUGGAACAUAGAAGGAAAAUGUUUUUUCAAAAUUCACUUUAUUCGUAAUACUUGUAACCUCCUAGAGCAAAAUUCAGUUUUGAACUAUAGUACCAGUAAUUACCAAACAUAUUUUGUGUGAUUGUAUCUGAUAAAUUAAGUUUGGCUCACUCUAUCCUAAACAAUUGACAGGUUCCCUAUAAGAAAACCUUGUUCAGCAAGGCUUUUGAGGUUAAUUUGGAAGAUUCAAGACAAAUUUGCUCCUCAAUGUUACUUUAAUAAACUGAACUGGCUAAGAUUUUGCAAAGUCACUGCUUUAUAUUCUUUUAGUCAUUUGGCUUGUUCUUCCUGCAAAAAUCUUGUCAAGAGUAAUUCCUUCACAAGCUAUUUAAGCAUGUCAAUAUUCUUAUUUACAGCAUUCUAGAUACAAACUCAUUCUGACUAGAUGAAGUUUAUGGAAGUUAUUUAUAUAUUUCUUUAUCAGCAGCUUUCAUCCACUUUAACCCUUUAACUCCAGAUCAAAUUUGUCAUUCUCCUUACUGUCAACCAUACAAUUCUUAUAAUGUUAGUUCAGCAAAUUUAGUAUUGGAUCAACUAAUCAUUCCCAAAUUGAUAUUUUUCUUUAUUCUCAUCACUUAUCUGGUUGAUAUUGUAUUGAUAUUGUGAGGAGAAAUUCUGUCUUGGUCACUCAUGGGAGUGAAAGGGUCAAAGUACUGAGUCUUUUUAUUGGCUGCAGAAGCAAUUUGCUCUUGUGGUUUUCCAUAAAUAGGAUUUUUACACUUAUGAUGUUUACAUAGUUAGUAUUUGUGUAUUUUUCUUAAGGAAAAAUGUGGAGCCCCACUAUGUUGUGUGUACUGCACCUUCGUGUCUCGUUUUUAUGACC